AUGGGGAUUACGCAGCAUAAGGAAGAUUUAGGACAAACGUUUGCUGCUGCAGGUGUGAAACCUGGACCUUACCUUAUCUUGCCAAUCCUUGGACCUUCAAAUUUAAGAGAUGCCAUCGGCUUGGUUGGAGACUUUUUUAUCGAUCCCUUUAACUACGUUGCACGCACUCAAGAUCGCAAAAAUCUCAUCUAUACACGUACAGGAGCAGAAAAACUUGCACAAAGAGAAGCGAUUCUUGAUUUAACAGAUGAUAUUGAAAAAGCUUCUGAUUCGUAUACAAGAACAAAAUUACUAUAUAUGCAAAAUCGUUCUUUCCUUGUCCGCGAUGGAGCCCCUAUAGAAUACACAGAUGGCCCCAUUCCUUGGGAUGAAGAAGAGAAUAUAGACGACGAUGCUGAUGAAGAUGAUGAAGAGUAUUAA